UUGAUCACUACCGCCGUGACUGGGGAUGCCGACUGCAACUGAGGCAGCUCACCGCGCCACCGACCUCCAUGACCCGACCAGUGCUGCGUAUAAGAAGGCACGACGACUGCACCUGAAAGCUACACGUAACAGGAAUCAGGACGUCGAGGCGGACUGGACGCCUUUCCGAGCGGCGGAGAAGAAAUAUAAGGCUCGCUUUCCUCCGCCCGACCUUUCUGACGUUCUCGACCUCGCUACGUUGGAUGCAUUUCGUGCAGAAGAAGUUUCCAGGGGUGGUUGGUACGGGAGAGCAGACGCGAUACAAUGCACGGAGAUCGAAUUGAAUGACUGUAACGAAGCCGGUCCUUCGACUGGCAGAAAGGCGUACAUCUUCCCGGACGUACCUGGACUGGUCUUGCUACCGUCCUUCGUCGACCCUGAAGGACAGAGGCGACUCGUGCGUUGGGCUCUAUCCGAGCAGGCCCGUCAUCCGAACGAGACGAAUCUCGAUACGCACUAUGUCCUCCCGGAAAUCGGACUGUGGAACAAGUACGUCGAUGUGCGCAGAGGGCAGUGCGAGGAUGGCCACGUCCGUUCUCGUGCUCUCCUACAUACCAUCCCGAAUGACCCGCAGAGGGUCGAAACUCCCGGACCGCGAAGACUAGUAGCAAACGAGCCGGCAAGCAAAGACAAUUACGACACGCUCUCAUGUACGCCGAAGCCCCCCGCCGCACCAUCCCCGUCAGCCCAGCCAAUCCGUGUCUCCGCGCUGGUGCCGAAACUGCGCUGGGCGAACAUUGGGUGGUCGUACCAUUGGGGACGAAGCAAGGUUCGUUCUGUGUGCAAGCGGGCGGUACGCGCGGUCAGCUGGGAUCGGGUCUUUGCAAACGAUAAGUCGUCUGCUGGUGAUUGGGGCGAGGACGGCCCUGACUGGGACUCAUGGCAUGAGACGUACGAGCCUGAUGCGGGGAUCGUCAAUUUCUAUCAGACGAAGGACACCCUGAUGGCUCACGUUGACCGUUCCGAGGUGUGCGCGACAUCACCAUUAGUAUCUAUCUCUCUAGGAUGUGCGGCCAUAUUUCUCAUCGGAGGUCUAACCCGGGACGCGAAGCCCUCCGCAAUACUGUUACGCUCGGGCGACGCGGUUAUCAUGUCAGGUCCUGCUUGUCGGCGCGCUUAUCACGGCGUCCCGCGAAUACUCGAGGGUACUCUGCCGCCUCAUUUGGAGUCGGGUGCGGACGGAGACUGGGUUGUCUACGAGGAAUACUUGCGCAACAGCCGUAUCAACGUGAACGUCCGUCAAGUCUUUCCGAGAGGUUUCGAUCCUACUGCUCCGACACGACUUGCGAGCGAUGCGUAAGCGUCCGAGUAUGGCUGCGUGCGCGCUAGAAUCCUGUCCCUCGUCACAUACCCCUACUUACUCUCCUGCUGACCAGCAGGUCCUGGAAUGCGACGGUUUCUCGGAGCACUGGUACUGAGUUUUCAUGAUGCCACUGUGAAUUCGCGUUCGGAUGGUGCAAUCACAUUGUUAUUGCAGAAUAGCAUACAAAUAAAAUCUGAGAGCGAACAGCCAAAGAGC